AUGACUAAGAGUGAUUUUCUAUUGACUCCAUAUCAAAUAUUUAUAUUACCAUGUAUUACCCUUAUCUUUUGGUCUCUGAUUCUUAUAGUCUUCAGAAGUGAUGGAAGUGGGAGAUGGAAUGGAGACAUAGAUUGGCUUAUUCUUAAUUCAAAGAGAGAUUCAAAUGUAACUUGGUUUGUGUUUAAUGAAACGAAGGAAUUAUGUUCAUGUUUUACCAAAUCUUUUAAAACAUGUAGUUCUACUCAAAUAAAAGGAGAUAAAAGUUAUUCGUGUACAUGUCCCGCUAGAUUUGGUCGUGAUCAAAUCACCUACUGUAAUAAAUCGGAUGAUGACGUGGCUUCCCUUUUAUAUGAGGAGGACUCCAUUUCCCUUUAUGUAUUAAGCAACAAAAAUAAUUGCCAACCUUAUGGAGGAUCAUCAAAGUUGACAGAUAAGAAGCCGCAACAACCUUGUCCAUUUUGCCACGAACUUUGA